AAGAUGCUUUCGAUAUCUGCUUCUAGAAGGAAGUUGUUUAGCUACAACAGAAGUGUCUGGGCUGGGGCUCUUCGUCCCUUGUCCUCUUCUACAGUGCUAGACACACAGGCCAAAGCUCCACCACCACCCAAGACAACUGAUGAUUUCUUGAAAGAUGUCUUAUCAAGAGUCCAAAAGACAGUUUCUUCUGAUGACAAAAACAAAGACAAUUCUGCUACUGGUGCCUACAACCGUUAUUUCAAUCAGGCCUCAAGUUCCAGAAAUGGCUACAGAAAUAACAAUUUUUCAGGGAAUAACAACAAUAACAAUAAUUACAGAAACAACUUUAAUAGAAAUAAUAACUUUAACAGAGAUAAUAACUUUAACAGAGAUAAUAACUUUAACAGAGAUAAUAACUUUAACAGAGAUAAUAACUUUAACAGAGAUAAUAACUCUAACAGAAGUGACAAUUUCAAUAGAAAUAACUUUAAUAGAAACGAUAACUCCAAUCAAAAUGAUAACUUUAACAGAAAUAACUUCAAUAGAAAUGAUGAUUCCAGAAAUAACAAUUUUAAUAGAAACAAUUACAACAACUCCAAUAGAAACAAUUUUUUCAAUCAAUCAAAUCAGUCUUCAUUCCAAUCCCAAUCCCAAACUCAAACUCAAGCUCAAGCUCAAGCUCAAACCCCAAAAGUUCAAAGUAAAACCGAUAGACCACACGCUCAAUCAAAAAUUCUUCCUUCUUCUUUCAACCGACAAAAAAAUUUCUUUAAAAGAGACAAUAACCAGCAAAAGAACAGUGCAUUCUUAGAAAUCGAUGCUAACGAAUUGGCUGAUAUGAUGGAUGGUUCAACAUCAGCAUCAGCAUCAGCAUCGGCAUCAGCAUCAGCAUCAGCAUCAAACUCUGCUUUAUCUCAUUCUGCUAACGAAAUUAAAACAAAAUUACACACAAAAUUAAACUUCUUUGCUGAAUCUGUUUCAAGAAGAAGAUUAGAGGCCCGAAAUGGGAGAAGAGCACCUAGAAACAAUCAAAAUCCUUCUUCCUCAAAUCAAUUUUCAAACUCUCCUUCAAGUUUCCAAAGAUUUAGAUCAAAUCAAUUACAAUCAAAAUCAAAUCCUAAUUCACCUUCUUCUUCCACUUCUUCCCAAAGACCUUCUAGAUUUGUAAGAACUUCUCCAAGAUCAAGAAACUCUAGAAGAUCAACCGACGUUCCUAUCCCUAGAUCUUCAUAUCAACCAUCCGCCUACAUUCCUUCUGAUAGUGUAUCCUCAUUGUUAGCUUAUUCACCAAAUAUAGGCUUCAAUCAAGAAUCAAGAAUUCGUAAAGCUGUUUUCAAAAUUAUGGAUCAAAAUUUCCUCACAAAAGAUGAACUCUUUGAAAGAGCCCAAAAUCCUUAUUUACCUCAUUUAACGUCGGUUCAAAUACCAAGCAUCUCCCCACCUCCAAAUCAUUUAUCUUAUCAAAUUGCAAAUAAAAAGUCAAAAUAUUUCUUCACUGAUAAUACCUCAAUUACUUCUCUAACUGAUGAUUUCUUUCGAAAAAAUAAAGACAAUUUAACCAAUAUUCAAGAUCAAUCAAGAUUAUUUGAAAAAAUUGUUCAAGGUAACUAUAAAUCUGAGAUAAUAUUAACUCCAUUUCCAAAUAAUUUAGAUGAAAAAAUGAAAGUUAACUUCAAUGUAGCAAAAUCCUCUUUAAAUCAAAAUCCAACAAUCGACUCAAAACUCAAAAAAAUUGUUUUCCCUUCAUUAGUUGGUUUAAAGGGUGUUUCUCAAAUUAAAACUCUAGUUAAUUCAAAAUAAAUAAAUAUUUAUUUCUAAUCACUGUAAAUAUAAUAAAUAUUAUUUUUGGUUCGAA